AUGGUCUCUUUGCAGCGCAUCGUCGCAGCCACUAGCUCGGCAGCCAUCCGGCUAGGAGCAUUUGUGUUUCUAAGAUGGCUACCUGGUCAUAAUUUUGUUCCCCUAGUGCUAAGCUCUCUGGUGGUGUAUUUGACCUCAAUCACUUCUUUGGUAUAUGGCACCGAGACCCCUGGGCGUCAGACCAACAAAUCACGGGCCAAACCUUAUGACAGCCGAGGAACAAUACCUAGGACCCGAACCGGAGACUCCGUGUUCAAGACCCUAUUCGGGGGCCUACCCCACGCAGGUUCAAGAUUUCUGACAUGGACAACUAUUUUGAUCAACAUUGUUCUGUCACUAUUGACCGUCGACUUUCUGGCUCGUGACUUUGUGCUCCAUCCUACUGAGAAUGUCUCGUUCUCUCGUAUCGGAUAUGUCUCCCCAACUACGGCUAAUUUGGUCUUCCGUGAGCCAGACACAGCACACCUGCCUGUGACUAUCAAGUAUCAAGACCUCACAACCAAUACUGGGGACUGGCACGAAGAAGGAAUCAUUUAUCAGUUGAACAACAGCACCGACUUCACAGUUGCAGUGACUAUCAAUAACUUGAAGCCCUCAACUCAAUACCGUUAUUCGCUGUCCAACAACAAAUCUGGCACAUUUAUAACCUCACCAAAGCCCAAGUCACCUGAGGCUAGUCGACUCUCGUUUGUCACUUCUAGCUGCUUGAAGCCAAACUUCCCGUACAACAUUCUUUCGCACCCGUUGCGGGUGCCAGGCAUUGAGCAAAUGACCGAUGUUCUCGCGAAGCUGCCCGAGGUACUCCGUCCAGCAUUCAUGCUGUUUCUGGGUGACUUCAUAUACAUCGAUGUACCCUACCGACUCGGGUCAUCCUUGACCCACUACCGCAGCGAAUACCGGAGAAUCUACUCCUCCCCUUCAUGGAACUAUGGCCCAGAAAACAAUCGGGCCAUCGACCUCCCUUGGCUGCACACGCUCGAUGAUCACGAAAUCGAGAAUGACUGGUCUCAGGGAAACAAGACAUCGCCCUACCCAGAAGCUGCAGACCCAUUCGUUCACUACCAUGUGUCAGGCAACCCGCCAAUCCCAGAGACAUCAUUCGCCCACCCUGACAACGUGACCUACUUCUCCUUCACCAAUGGACCAGCCUCAUUUUUCAUGCUGGACACACGAACCUAUCGCACAGAGCCAGCACAAGAGGACUCUACGAUCCUCGGACAUGCCCAGCUGCAGUCCUUGCUUACCUACAUCUCAACCCCAGAACAGCCAGGUGUCCACUGGAAGAUAAUCUCUUCCAGCGUCCCAUUCACCAAGAACUGGCACGUCGGCACAACUGAUACAUGGGGUGGAUUCCUCAACGAGCGCCGCACCGUCUUUGAAGCAAUGUGGCGUGCCGAACGAGACCUCGGCAUCCGCAUCGUCCUCCUCAGCGGCGACAGACAUGAGUUCGGUGCUACACGCUUCCCAGACCCAGCCCUGAACCUUCCGUCCAGCGCUCUGCAGCCAAACACGCCUGGCUUUGGUCUGCAUGAGUUCAGCGUUGGCCCACUGAGCAUGUUCUACCUCCCCAUCCGCACAUACCGUCAGACAGACGACGAGGAUGUCACGGUGAAGUACGCGCCGCAGGGAAAUAGCAAGUUCGGCCUUAUUGAUAUUGUGGACGAUGUUGAGGAUUCGGAUCCGGGUGCUGAGGCGCCGGUCCCUGUUCGCAGCUCCGUGCUUACAUAUUCGCUUUAUGUGGAUGGUGAGGCUGUUUGGAAGUACCGGCUGAGCGUUCCAUUGGAUCGAAAUUUGCGAUCCAGCGCUACCAUGUUGCCACCUGGUCGUGUGCUUGAAGAUCAGAUUUCGGAGCUGGGUUGGAACGUUGCUCUUGGAGCCGCUGUUGGGCGGGUGCCGGAUUUGGCAAAAUGGGCUCUUGAUAGAUGCCAGGAAAGACUGGCAGGAUAUCUACAUUAG